GCAGAGACAACUCGCCUUCACGCGUUACCGCUUUUUACGUCGUUUUUUUCUUGUACUAGGCUAAUAUUAUAUAAUAAACCUAUUUUUUUUUUUAGCGGCAUACACUGUUACACCUACAUUUGGGCUUGUUUAAUUAUAAAUAUUUGUUAAAAAUCCUUUGAAGACAUUUUAAGCUUUUUUUUUUUUUUUUAAGAGACGUGGCUUUUUUUAAUGACUGAAAAUGCGUUACUGGAUUUUUGCGUGUUUGUUCUCGACUCUUCCACAGACGCUGCACUUGUCUUGUCUAAACGGUAUGUACAUGAUGAACGUGGUGUUGCUGCAGGAUGGCGUUUCCCCCUGGAGUAUGAACUUCGUUCGGCCAGCGGUGAUAAAAGCCAUUGAAUCCGACGCGGAGAUCAACUUCAAAAAUAAUGUACUCCACAAUCUGACUGCUACCUACAAUGGGUUUCAAACCAUCUAUUACCAAAAUAAAGGCUGUAGCAGCAGCAUCUGUGAGGCAGUAGAGAUCCUGAUAGACCUCCAGAACACAGGAAUGGUUGGCUGCGCUUUGCUGGGACCGUCCUGUACCUAUGCAACUUUCCAACUGGUGGAUCGUGAUGUUGGUCUAGCACUCAAUAUGCCCAUCAUCUCAGCGGGAAGCUUUGGCCUGUCCUGUGACUUCAAAGCAGACUUGACACGAAUACUGCCUCCUGCUCGCAAGGUCUCCAACUUCUUUAUCAACUUCUGGAACUUCUCAGACAGAAUUAAGCCUUCCUGGGAGAAUACAUACAUCUACAAAAAAGCCAAUAUCACAGAGGAUUGCUUUUGGUACUUGAAUGCCCUAGAGGUUGCCUCAGGCUCCUUUGCUGCCAGUGUUAAGACACGGGUGGUGCUCAGAAAAGAAGAAGAUUUCAGUGCUGCACUAAAAAAGAAGAAAGAAAGUAACUUGUUUAUAUUAUGUGGAACUCCUGAUGAUAUAAUUGAGUUGAAGAAUGGCUCUCUGGAUGCUGAUGCUCAAAUUGCCUUUAUUCUCAUUGAUCUGUACAAUGACAAAUACUACCUUGAACCAUCCAAUGAUGCUAUGAAGAAUGUCUUAGUCCUGACAAUGCCCAAUAGUCGGAGUUACACUAUAACCUCCAACAACACGAUGAAUGAUUAUAUUGCAGCAUACCAUGAUGCCGUGCUGUUGUUUGGGCAGGUCAUGAGGCAAAUUUGGAGCAAUCCUGUCUUGGAUGUAGACAGCGUCAACAUAAACUAUUUCAGAAAUGUGUCAUUUAAAGGUAUUGCAGGAGAUUAUAUGAUAGAUGAGCAUGGGGAUAGAGAUGUGGUGUUUUCACUGAUUUACACCAACACCAGCAAUGAGUACAAAGUUCUGUAUGAGUUUGACACCAGCAAUAAUAAAACAACACUGGUAGACAGCAAUCCUUCAUUCAUCUGGCCUCACCAGCAACUUCCUGAUGAUCAACCUCGUGUUUAUAACACAGGUCUGCUGGCUGAAAACAUUGUUAUUAUAUCCCUGGUCUCAUUAGCAUUGGUAGUGAUAGCUACAGUUGCGUUUGUCUUAUACUGGCAGAACAGGUCAUACCGUCGUAAACAGAGACAAUGGUCCCACAUCCCUGUAGAGCAACUUACCCCUGUAGAGUCCAGUGAGCGAAAUAUGGUGUCUCUUAAGAUUGAUGAGGACGCCUGGAAAGAUACAAGUCAGAAGAUUCGCCGGGCACGCUAUGAUAAAAAGAUUGUAAUCCUUAAAGAUCUGAAGCACUCUGAUGGCUGCUUCAGUGAAAGACAGAGGAUAGCACUUAAUGCGCUAUUACAGAUCGAUUAUUACAACCUAAUAAAAUUUUAUGGUACAGUAAAGAUUGAUCAUGAGGUUUUUGGAGUGUUUGAGUAUGGCGAGCGAGGAUCUCUGAGGUAUGUACUUAAUGAUAGGGUUUCCUACCCAGAGGAGACCUUCAUGGACUGGGAGUUCAAAAUUUCUGUCAUGUAUGACAUUGCAAAGGGUAUGUCCUAUCUUCACUCAAGCAAUAUUGAAGUCCAUGGUCAUCUGAAGUCCACCAACUGUGUCAUUGAUAACCGUAUGGUAGUAAAAAUUACUGGCUUUGGUUUUAAUACUAUCCUCAGUCCAGAUAGAGAUCUGUGGACUGCCCCUGAACACUUACGAAAGGAGGGCAUUUCCCAGAAGGGAGAUGUGUAUAGUUUUGCUAUAAUUGCACAGGAAAUCAUGCUGAGAAAGUCCACAUUCUACACCCAGACCUGUUCUGAGAAAGCUGAAAAGUUGGACCGUGUGCAGUAUCCUAGAAUGCUGUGCUUUUUCAGGCCUGACCUAAACUUUGAGACUGCAAGUGAAAAUGAAUUGGAGGUGUACUUGCUUAUCAAAUCCUGUUGGGAUGAAGACCCUGAAAAAAGACCAGAUUUCAAAAAGAUUGAAAGCACUUUGGGGAAAAUUGUCAGCCUUCACAACCAGGCCAAUGAGAGUUACAUGGGCAAUCUGAUUCGGCGACUACAGAUGUAUUCCCGUAACCUGGAGUACCUGGUGGAAGAGCGCACAGCACUGUACAAGGCAGAGAGAGACAGAGCAGACAAUCUCAACUUCAUGCUUCUCCCAGGGCCAGUGGUCCGCUCUCUGAAGGAGACUGGUAUUGUGGAGCCUGAGCUUUUUGAAGAGGUCACUAUCUACUUUAGUGAUAUUGUGGGUUUUACCACUCUUUGCCACUACAGCACACCCAUGGAGGUGGUGGAUAUGCUCAAUGACAUUUAUAAAAACUUUGACAGUAUCCUCGAUCAUCAUGAUGUCUACAAGGUAGAGACAAUUGGCGAUGCAUACAUGGUGGUGUCUGGUCUCCCACGGCGGAAUGGAGACAGACAUGUGAUGGACAUUUGCCAUAUGGCACUGGACAUACUUUCUUUCAUGGGCACUUUUGAGUUGCGCCACCUCCCUGGCUUACCAGUAUGGAUUCGAAUAGGGGUGCACUCAGGCCCUUGUGCUGCGGGUGUCGUCGGGAUCAAGAUGCCCAGAUACUGUCUGUUUGGAGACACAGUGAACACUGCCUCUCGCAUGGAGUCCACAGGAUUACCCUUGAGAAUCCAUGUAAGUCAGUCAACAAUCAACAUUAUCAAGAAGGCUGACUGCAAGUUUGAAUAUAUAAAGCGAGGAGAGACAUAUUUAAAGGGUAAAGGCAAAGAGACAACAUACUGGUUAACAGGAGUUACUGGACAAAACUACAAUUUGCCUACACCCCCAACAGCUGAAAAUUUCCAGCGUCUGCAGCAAGAUCUGGCAGAGAUGAUAAAGAGUUGUCUGGAGCAGCGGUCUCCAAGCCUUUGGAAGAGGAAAACACUUUCAGCACGUCAGAGGAAGCUUAGAGGUCACUCAGAACUGGCUGACAGUGAGCAGCCUGAGUACUUUCAUUUGGCUAUUGCAGACAACAUUAGUACAUACCUGUAGCCUGUAAAAAUAUUUGUUUCAUGUUCAUUGCAGAAUAUUGUAAAUAAUUUAUAUUUAAAUAUCAGUACUAAUGUAUUUCGUAUCCUUUUAUGUUGUAUUCUUUUAAAAGCUUUUUUUAUUGUUCGAUCAUUUUCUUAUGUGAAUGGUUUUCAGUUACAACUGUUCAUUUUCUUUAUUACUGCUCAUUACAAGUUAAUUACAGUAAGUUUUCAUCAAUAAACAUUUAUUGGAAAUUAAUAUUUAGUAAAUUUUUCAUUAACUUAUAAAUUUUUAAUCUGCUACCCCAUGUCAAUUCAACUUAGGUGCUUGAUUUGUAUGCCUAUGAAAAUGUUCAUGAAUAAUGCACACAUCAAAAUACAUACU